GUUCCAAACAUCGAGAACAUCCCGUCCUGACAGAAGCAGCCUGAGGCGUUUGCAGGUUUAAUACAAAAACUGGGGCAUCUUUUCUCAUACUUGCUCUUUCACCAAGACCCAACACUUUCUCCUUCCAGCUGGUGAGAGUUCAAACACUGCAGAAUGCCUCAUCCAGGAGUGUGUAUGAACAUCAUCAAUGCCCGUCACCUGAAAGAUGGUAAAGGGACCGUCACUAACCCUCAGAAGUUUCUGGACCAAGACUUUGAGCAGCUGAAACAGUACUGUAUUAUUAAACGGGUACGGUACAUCGACGACAUGUUCCCCCCUGACGUGAGGUCCAUCGGGACUGGGUUACUGAAGGCUGAUGACCUGAAGCGAGUGGUGUGGCUGAGACCACAUAAAAUGGUUCCCAAUCCAAUGUUUGAACUUGAUGGCUACUCCAGGUUUGACUUUGGUCAAGGCAUGCUUGGAAACUGCUGGUUUCUUGCAUCAAUCGGAGCUCUGACGUUCCAGAACUUCAUCCUUAGGCAGGUUGUUCCACAUCAAACAUUUGAUGAGGAGUACUGCGGAAUAUUCCACUUCAGGUUCUGGAGGUUUGGAAGAUGGGUGGAUGUUGUCAUUGAUGACAAACUACCAACUAUCGAUGGCAGACUGAUCUUUGUCCGCUCCAAAGACCCAACUGAGUUCUGGCCUGCUUUGCUGGAGAAAGCUUAUGCGAAAGUGUGUGGUUCCUACUCGGACAUGAAUGCUGGAACUCCUGCCGAGGCCAUGGUGGACUUCACCGGUGGAGUUCACAUGUGUAUUGAUCUGACAGAACCCCCCCCACAUCUGUGGGAGUUGAUGUGCAGAGCUAGCCAAUCCAAGUCACUGAUGGGCUGUGGUACACCUCAGGGGGCCACAUCUGACAACACGGUUUUACCAAAUGGAAUCGUCCAAGGACAUGCCUACACUGUCACAGGUGUGAAACAGAUGACGAGCCAAGGGCAACCGGUACACCUGGUGCGUUUGUGGAACCCCUGGGGCGAACGAGAGUGGAUCGGAGACUGGAGUGACAAGUCUCCUUUGUGGCAGACCGUGAGUCCUCAAGAACGCGAGAUGUGCCAUUCUGUGGCUGAUAAUGGGGAGUUCUGGAUGACCCUGGAAGACUUCUGUAGGUUCUAUAGUGAUCUGGACAUCUGCUGCCUGUGUCCCGACUUCCUUGAUGGAAAUACAUCUUGCCACUGGAAGACCUCCUUCUAUGAGAACCGAUGGGUUGCAGGAACAACUGCCGGAGGAUGCAUGAAUAACAUGGACCUUUUCUGGACAAAUCCGCAGUACCAGGUCAAGAUUGAUGAAUUACUCAGUGAAUGUUCUGGGAAACAGGGUGAGAAGAACAUGCUGGUAUCUCUGAUGCAAAAGCCUGACAAGAGGAACAGACGCCUGGUCCAAAAUCUCCACAUUGGAUUCUCUGUAUUUGAGGUGACUGAAGAAUACAAGUCACUGAAGGGAAAGUUCCCAGCCUCUUUCUUCAAACCGAACAGACUUGUCUACCAAACUAAAACCUACGCAAAUGCACGUGAGGUGAUGGGGUUCCUGAUGCUAAAGCCUGGCGAGUACCUGAUCGUACCGUCCACCUUUAAUCCCAAUGAGACUGCCUCCUUCAUCCUGACCAUCCUCUCCAAGGCAGAGACCCACGUCCAUGAAAAUUCUGAUGGCCAUGACCACGAACAUGAGGAAGUGAUGGAAGAGGACAAAGGAACUGAAAAUGAGGAGAAUGACGAAAAUAAGAAAAACUUUUUCCGUCAAUACUCUGACAAGUACGAAGAAGUGGAUGCUGAGCAGCUCCAGAGGCUUCUAAAUGAAAACAUUCUAAAAGGAGACAUGAAAUCUGGAGGCUUCAGCAUUGAUGCCUGUCGCAGCAUGGUUGCUCUGAUGGAUACAUCAAUCACUGGCAAACUGAAUGGAGAGGAAUUUAUUGGCCUCUGGAAGAGGGUCGUCAUGUACAAGGACAUUUUCUUCCGCACUGAUGUUUCAAAGACAGGAACACUGUUAAUGAGCGAGCUGAGGAAUGCUCUCAUGGCUACAGGAAAGAGGGUCAGCGAUGCCAUACUGAACUUGUUGGCUCUGCGCUAUGGAGCCUCCUCUGGACACAUCACCCUGGAGAGCUUCAUCAGUAUGGUGCUGCGCUUCGACUGCAUGAGCCAAAUCUUUGGCCAGUUGUCUAAUGGGAUGAACAUGACUCUUCUUGAAUCAGAGUGGAUGUACCUUUCGAUGUACACUUAAACUGAAAUGGCGGCAGGAUGCACUUGGAAUCACAGCAGCACAUAAAGCUGAAGAAAAGUUGUGUAUUUGUUUACAAUCCUAUUCAUAUGUUCACACAGAAAAUAAUCAUUUCUGUUUGAAGGGUUGAGGUAACUUUAGGUAUAUUUCUUAGGGUUUAGGGCAAAUAUUAGAUUAAUAAACGUUUUCUUUAGGAAUUGGUUUUGCAAGCUUUUCCAAAAAGUGAGAGACAACCCAAAGCAAGCUGACAAGAACAUGCAUGACAUAUUUUGUAUACGCAAACCCCGAAAGUAAGCAUUGCUCUGGUUCUGUUUUCAAUUGGACUGAUUCAGAAAAUAAUCUCUGUGGCAAACAAACGUUACUUACACAUUUGGUUUUUAUGAUUUGUGUGUACAUACAAAUUCCCGUAAGUAAAAAGUUAAUGUUAGGCUACAAACCAACAACACACAACAUGACUACAUUUUACAACCACAUGCAGAUGUUUAGUAAUGUCAAUUAGCCUAGUCUAGUCAUGUAGCAUAAUACAUUUGUUGAUUACAUUUCUUAGAUGGAUGGAUUUUCAAUGAAAUUUGGUUCAGACAUGCAUUCUCCCUGAAUACUUAAAAAAAAUGGUAUUCACAUUGGUGAUCCCUUACCUUUACAUCUAGCCCCACCAUCUGGACAUACUUAUAAUUGUCCAAACCAAACAUUUUUGAUAUAUUUCUAACUGGCAAAUCCUGGCAUCCUAAUAUGCAAAUCAGUAAUAGCAUAUUAACAUUGGGACAAUGGCAUGCUGACAUUAGCAAUUAGCUCAAAGCACCACUGUGCACAAACAAACACAGCCUCAGACUGGUGCUAGCAUGGCUAAUUGUUAAGUCUAUAAGCUGAUAUUCAUGAUGGGAUACUUCUACAUUUUAUGUUUUUGGUGGGAAUAGACUUUGUACUUUACAAAAUAAAGACAUUUUCCAAACAGUA